AUGUCCAAUCGCUCGACGUCAGGUUACAGCGGCACCGCCAUUUCACCCAACCCGCCACCCAGGCGCCUGGGACCAAAUCACGACGAGUUCCUAUUGUCCCCGAAACGUCUGCCACUAGAGCACCCGCACCCCCAAACUGGCUUCAAUUGUACGCCAACCGCUCCAAACCUCAUGGCACCAGCGAUAUCCUCUUCAAAACCUUUGUCAGCAUCAGCGUCGUCACCCUCAUGUUCUCAAUCCGUACUGGCUCCUCGCCGUGACACCCGCGCCUCUCCUGUCAGCAUUAUCACUCCAUCGUUCGAAGUCGACGAUGACGAAGCGUUUGAUGAGGAAUCGGAAGCCGAGUUUCUGAGCAAAAUCGCAUGUCGGGGGCAGAGACGACUGAAGCGACUACGUGAUGCGCACUCCGACGGUGACGCUGCCAAUACAAAAAUUCCAAAACUUGCCGAGCCCACCAGCCCCCAGCAUGAUGGCGGCGAAUCCUCGCAACACGUUAUCGCCACGACACACCUCUCCCCGCGCGACUUGACAGUGAGACAUGGACCUAUUGAGCCUGCGGAUCCGGACGCGUUGGCUGCAAGCGACACCCUCGAGGUAGACGAAGGGUUUUGCGACGAGAACGGCGAGGAGUAUGUGUGGCGACACUCGUCGACCGAGUUGUUACGACAAUCGAGCACCAACGGGUAUCGGCAACUGGGGCCGCUCCGCUACCGAGCGUCCGGCCAAUAUACCUCAAGGAUCCAACCCGUCGUCAGGAGCAGACCAAGAAUGCGCAAACGAAAGGACCUACCGACCUUACCGACCCCAGCUUCAGCAAACGAGGGUCCGAACUGA